UAUUCAUAACCAUUCAGUUUCAACAUAUAAAUUGUCUCACCUACUAACUUUAGAAUUAGUUCUCAAAUUUUCUAAAGAUGAAAUACUUUGUACAUUCUGCCGUGGUUUUGGCCACAGUAGCCCUAGUCUAUGGAAGCGUCCAUCUCCACCCUCUCUCGGACGAAUUUAUAAAUCGAAUCAACAGCAAACAGUCAACGUGGAAAGCGGGAAGAAAUUUCGAUAUUGGCACUCCAAUAUCACACAUUAAAAAACUUCUUGGUGUCCUUCCCAAAACCGAAAUCACCCCAACGCUACCAAAAAAAAAUCACUCGAUAAACGAUCAAGACAUCCCCGAGUCUUUUGAUGCGAGAGAAGCAUGGCCGGAUUGCGCCUCCAUUAUUGGAAACAUUCGUGAUCAAUCAACUUGUGGUUCUUGUUGGGCUUUUGGAGCUGUUGAAGCAAUGAGUGACAGAAUGUGCAUCCAUUCGAAUGCCACUGUCAAAAUCAACAUCUCUGCUGAGGAUUUACUCGAUUGUUGUAUAAUUUGUGGAUAUGGAUGCAACGGGGGAAUCCCUGCAAUGGCUUGGCUUCACUGGUCUAUCGGCGGAAUUGUGACUGGGGGUAAUUAUGGAACCACUGAAGGAUGCAAAGCUUAUUCUUUCGCUCCUUGUGAGCACCAUGCUGAUGGGGAUUUGCCUCCAUGUGGGCCAGUUCAACCAACUCCGGCUUGCAAAAAACAGUGUGAUAGUGGAUCUUCGCUUACGUAUGGAAACGACUUGACCCACGGAUCCUCAUACAGCAUUGACGCUUUUGUCAAACAAAUCCAAACUGAAAUAAUGACUAAUGGGCCAGUUGAAGCUAGCUUUAAUGUCUAUGAAGAUUUUCUUAGUUACAAGAGCGGUGUCUACCAACAUGUGGAUGGAGAAUACGCAGGAGGACACGCUAUUAAAAUUUUGGGCUGGGGUGUAGAAAAUGAGACUCCUUAUUGGCUAGUUGCUAAUUCCUGGAAUGAAGACUGGGGAGACAAAGGGUAUUUCAAAAUUCUGCGAGGUUCUAACGAAUGUGGAAUUGAAGGAGACAUCGUCGCCGGAAUGCCUAGAUUAUAAAUAAUAAAUAUGUCAUUACGAAAUAAGUGUUUAAAAUUAUAAUAAAAAUACUAGUUUUCAUUAGUAAAAAAA